AUGAAGUUGACGAACCCAGGAACCAUUCCGGUCUACACCGUUUCCGGUGCAUCGACUGCCAGACCUCUGCCGGAUUGGCUGGCCAGACGAAGAAAGCGAUCGCUCAAGAACGACGCGGAGUACCAGAGCCGAGUCGAGCUUCUCCAAGAUUUCGAAUUCGAGGAAGCCAGCACCUGCAUUCGCGUCAGUGAGGAUGGUGACUGGGCUGUCAGUGCAGGAACAUACAAGCCUCAGAUUCACGUUCACAACCUCCCACAACUGUCUCUGUCGUUUGCGCGCCACACGAAUUCUCUUACAGAGAAGUUGACGAUCCUCUCCUCCGACUACUCCAAGACUCUACUCCUCCAGGAUGACCGACAACUCGAGUUUCACACCCCGAUGGGCUGCCAUUACAAGAUUCGCAUACCCCGUUACGGCAGAGACUUGCUCUACGAUCGGCAGUCAACCGAAGCACUCGUACCAGCCGUAGGAGUCGACCAGGAUCGCAUGGGUGAAGUCUUCCGCUUGAACCUGGAGAUUGGCAGGUUCAUGAAGUCUUUCCAGAUCGAUGUCGGCGGUGAUGAGGAGGGAGCUGGCCUCCAAGGGAGCAUUGAUGCCGGAAGUGUCAACGCUGCGGCAUUGGCCGAAGGCUCCCAUGGCCUUGCGGCUUUCGGAACCUCUAUUGGCACGGUGGAAUUCUGGGACCCGAGAUCCAAGUCCAGAGUCGCGCGUCUAGGCUGCCAAGAGGGUGGCAUCACUGCCUUGGACUUCAGCACGUCGGGACUGUCCAUUGCCACUGGUUCCGAGACGGGCAUGGUUCAGCUGUUCGAUCUCCGUCGCCCAGUCCCUCUCUUGACCAAGGACCAAGGCUACGGCUUCCCGAUCAAGAAGCUCAUCCACAUGACAACAGCUUCUCAAGAAAAGAAGAUUUUGUCUGCCGAUAAGAAGAUCAUCAAGAUUUGGGACGAGACGGAUGGUACACCAUGGACUUCAGUCGAACCCAUUGUGGAUCUGAACGAUGUCGCUUGGUGCAAGGAUACCGGUAUGCUUCUGACUGCCAACGAAGGCAAGUCUCAACACUCCUUCUUCAUUCCCAGUCUCGGCCCUGCACCACGAUGGUGCUCUUUCCUCGACAACAUGGUCGAAGAGAUGGCAGAGGAGGUCCGCACCGAGACAUACGACAACUACAAGUUCUUGACGCUGCCCGAGCUCAGACAGUUGAGCAUGGAGCACCUCAUUGGCAAGACAAACCUGCUCCGUCCGUACAUGCACGGUUACUUCGUUGCGUCGAAACUCUACGAACAGGCCCGCCUCAUCGCCAACCCGUACGUUUGGGAGGAGGAGAGGACGAAGCGCAUCAAGGAGAAGGUCGAAAAGGAGCGCGCCAGCAGAAUCAGAGGCAACAAGAAGGUCAAGGUCAACCAGAAGCUUGCCGACAAGCUUCUCAAGAAACAGGAGAACAGAGAGGUUGUCGACGAAAAGGCCGGCCUGCUCGGCGACGAUCGUUUCGCCAAGAUGUUCGAGGACGACGCCUUCGCCGUCGACGAGUCCACCUACGAGUUCCGUGCUCUCAACCCCAGCACCAAGGUCGCCGCAAAGGAUACUCACGAGGUUGGUGUCAGCGCUGCUGCCCAGCCUGUUGUGGAUCAGGGCCCCAAGGGUCUGGGUAAGAAGGCAACACAGGAGUACCAGAUGAAGAUCUCGUCUUCCAACCAGAAGGGCCAGGAGCGCGACACUGCUUUGGGCGCCCGGGUGCAGAAGUCCGGCCGCAUCAGCAAGACGCAUCGUGGAAAUGCCUACGGCGAAAAGGCGGUCACAUUCGUUCCCCAAGGGAAGAAGAAGAACGGAGGCCCUGUGGACACUCACGACGAUUCCCGGCCGCGCGACCACAAGAACAACGCAAGAAGAAGCGCCAGCUCAAACACGUUCCGAAGACUUUAA